AUGAGUGUUCAGUUCAUAGUCUUGUUUAGGGACGAUGAUGACAAUAAAGAUGAUUCAUGUAAGCUUUUGUUGUAUCAUGAUUUAACAGCGCAUAUGUUAUCUACCAAUGAAAAGGAGCAGAAGAUUGGAAUUAUCAAGGGCAUGUGGCGUUUCAGUAAUGAAUUUAGCCAAAGCAAUGAUUAUUGUCAUGUUGAGCUAGAUUCUUAUAGUAUGCUUGUGCUAGAGGUUGAGCCUUCGUAUUAUCUUGCGCUUGGAUUUGAAAAUACGCAUAACAGUCAAUGGCCAAAAUAUAAGGUACGAUUGAGUCAGUGUUACCAGUUCUUCGCGAUGCAACAUGGUAAGAUGCAAGAUAUUGAGGAUAAAACUUUGAGUGGGUUAUUAAAUGAGCAUUUUAUUCCAUUUUGGGAUGAGAUCAAUUUGAUCCCUGAUUAUUUCCUGAUGCAGGACAUCAACACUGCCAUCGAUGAUAAAAUGUUCCCUUGUUGUCAAUUUGCAGACGCCUUGAACUCUAUCAGCGAAGUUAAAGAUUGGCAGAAUUACCUCAAGAACAAUGUCUUAUUGUCGGAGGAGAACUAUUUGAAUAUAAAAGAUGUUUGUGUAUAUCAUCUACCGAAAAACAACAAGAAUACUAAAGAGUACGGUUUUAUUACGAAUUUUGAUCCGCAAUUCAAAAGCUUGCCAACGCUAUCUAACUGGCUAGUUGGCAUAGAUUCGAUGUAUGGUACAGUUUCCUCGCAUGGAUUGGCUGGGACAAUGUCAUUGACGGAAACAGAACAACAGAUUGAAUUGGACGCAGAAGAAGCUCAUCAUGAACAGCCUCCAAAUAUCAAGACUGUAUGGGACAAUGUUACUUUGCCAAUCACUUUCACUAUGGACGCUCUUAAAGAUAUUGGACAAUUAACAGGAGUUUCAAAUUCUCUUUCUUUGUUCACGAAUAUGAAACCAAGUUGGAAUCUCUGGUCUUCUAGUUCAGAAAAUGGCGCCGGCUCGGCAAAAUUAGACGAUAAGGAUGAAUACAGUUGGCUUAUAUCCCCGUUGAACCCCUCCUUUCUUCCGAAAGUUUAUCAAAUGAGAAAGUUCUACCUCCAGUUUGAUGAUUGGAGCCAGUAUAACAUUCUAUUUUGGAAGUUCAAAGAUGUUAUAGUUGCUGUAAUAGUAGAUCCCAGCUUCAAGAAGAUAAGUGAAGAAAGCUUUUUGAUGAAAUUACAGGAAGAAUUGUGGAAUGGUAUAUCGCUAUUCUACGAAAACACAGGAUUCGAAAAGAGACAGUGUUCUUUCGAUUAUACCAUUUUAUUCAAAGAAGAAGGCAAAUAUUACAGUUCUAUACCGCGCUGGAAAAAUGGCCUUGACGAAAGUGACACUGCUCUAAAGUUAGUAAUCAAAGGGCUUGAUGAAACACUACAGUUUCUUACAAACAAUGCCAAUCGAAAAAGCUCCGUCGCCACUGUUACAGAAGUCGGGCAUGACAUGUCGUUAACUGACCACCCAAUACCAUCUGAUCCUUCCAAAGGUGAAGAUGGUACUGAAAAGACUGAUAAAAGCGAGAGUUCGAUUUUCAGCAAGUUGAACGAGUCGCAGUUGGUGGAAUUGAAUAAAGAGCUUAUGGUAAUUUUAGGAACUCGAAGCCUUACCGUUUGGUACAAAGACGCCAAUACGAAGGAAAGAAUGCUGAAACUAAAUAAUGGCUUGAUGGUAUAUCUAUUAGAAAAUAAUAGGAAAUUGGUACUUAUCAUUAAAAAUUGGUUCAUAGAUUCGCAGCAAAAGACAAAAUCCAAAAGAAGCACUGAUAUGAUAGAAAGUCUUGGAAAAGAUGUGAGCACAUGGUGGAACAGAAUCAAAGACCAUGAACCUUUGUAG